AUGCCGCAGCAGCAGCAGCAGCAGCAGCAGCAGCAGCAGCAGCAGGAGCAACAGAAGGGGGGAGAGAAAGAGGAAGAAACAAAGAAGCAAGAAGCAGCAGGAUGGGGGCAGCAGCUGUCUAUACACCUCAAAAAUAUAAAAAGAACAGGCAAAUCCUGGCUGCUAGCUAAAGCAACAGAAAUACAAACAAAAGAAGAAAAAGAAAGAAAACAACACGCUGCCUCCUCUCUACUGCUCCUUAAGCUUGUUGAUGCCCUCCGGCAGCGGUGGCUGGCCUUCAGCGCGCAGCUAAAAGCAGAGGAGGUGCAGCAGCUGCUGAGGGAGAUAGGUAUUUCUCUCCCCCAGCAGCAGCAGCAGCAGCAGCAGCAGCAGCAGCAGCAGCAGCAGCAGAUGCUGCUGCUGGUGCAGCAUGCUGAUGAAGCUCUCGGAUACCACCUAGAAGUAGAGGCCCCCGGGCUGCUGCUGGCCGUUGUUAGCCUCGCAGCACAGCGCGCAGACACAAUGACGGUAAGCAAGCAGCAGCAGCAGCAGCAGCAGCAGCAGCAGCAGAAAGAGCAGCAGCAGCAGCAAGAGCAGCAAUAG